CGGACCAAUCGAAAAGACCUGGAGCUGAAUGGAAUGGAGUGGCAACGGAACUAAUUACUUCAUUAUCAUCAUCUUCAACUUUCGUUUUUCUAAUAACCGGAUUAAAACUGCUGAAGUAAUAUCAAAAAUCUUCAGAUCUUGGGUUGAGUCAUCGCCCUAGAGUAGCUGGGUGGGUAGGUAGAUAGAAGCUCACAAAAAUACAUGGAUGUCUCACGAUAACUUCCUUGUAUUCUUUCCUUACGUUCUUUCUUUCUCUUCCCCCAAAUAACUAUCAUCUCCGGGACGCUUUAGCAUAAGACCUAAGCUAUAUUUUACAAAAGUGAUUUCCUCAUGAGUUCGACACAGAAUGUGUCCGACGGGGCCAUUGGCGGCCAUCAGGCAGUGACCAGAGCUCCUGCUAGUCACGUUGUUCCCAAACCGAUUCCCGAAUCGCAGAUUCAGGAUCCACGAAAGUAUCAGCUGAAUCAAUUAAAGAGACGAUAUUCUCCUAAACAGAACACACUUCGAGACGGAACCACGAAUCUCUUAUUUCAGCUUAAACCAUCAGACCCGGAUUUCCCUUUCGAGCUGGAUCAUUUAGAAUGCGAGCUUCAGGUGCCGGCAUCAUAUCCUGGGAGGUCUCCUAUUCUUCGGAUAAAAAAUAAGGAGAUACCACGUGGAUUUGCUGUUAAUAUAGAAAGGGGAUGGGAGAGGCUUGUUCAUGAAAACCAAAGCUCAACUCUGCUAAAUUUAAUCAACGCUCUGGAUAAAAACCUCGAGGCAUUCCUUUCUGAACGAAAGACCGAGACUGUAACCUUAUUGUCUUUCAAAGAUACGAGGCACAUAGAUAGGUCCGCCACUGUCUUAACCGAGACACAGUCUCCGGUGAUACCUACACCGCCAAAGGCAUCACUACCAUUCAGUAAACCAUACAUUCCAGAAGAGUCUUUCUCGGAGGAGCAGAUUACCUCUGCAAAGACCAAGCGAGCUCAAGAGAUCAGACAACUUGAAUCUCGGAUGUCUCGGUUGCCUUCUUACCAAAAAUCGGCAGAUGGGGUCGUUUACACGUUACCACUGGAACCGAAGCGACGCUCUGAAUUACCUGUAGGGUUGCAACGAAUUCAAUCCGUCCAAUUAAUCAUUCCAUUGCUUUACCCCCUACAACCACUCAAGGUACUGCUGAACGAUGUCGAGUCGAAAGAUGCGGAAGUGCUGGAAGAGCUUUUCGCAACAAAGGCUGCCCAGCAGAAACAGAUGACUCUGACAAGUCACCUGAACUAUCUCGCGCAGAAUAUACACAUGUUGGCAAAACAAGCCCACUCGACAGAGAAACAGGCUGAGAAGAUACCAAACCGCGCUGGUGCGAUAGCUGAUGUUACAACGAGUCAAGCAACAACGUCUCGAGUUGCCAACGAAGAUGGGAAAAGCCAUAUUCAUGUUAUCCCCCGGCCUCCAGAAUGGAGUUUUGACGAUGAAUCCGAAGAGUCGGAAGACUCGGAGGACGAUUUCUGGGAUUCGGAGGACGACUCGGAUGAUGGGGGUGUGCCAGUGAACGGGGGAGGGGGUAUCUCUGGGGCCGCUCAACAAGCGGAGAGGGGCACCGCGAUGUCGUUCCCGUCCAUCGAGCUACACGGCAUCGAACUGCUGCAGGUAUCGAUUCUGAACAUCAGCGUCAAGUGCGAGCGCUGUCGUACGAUCAACGAGAUGACCGGGCUCAGACCCGAGAUAGAGAAGGCAAGCAGCUGCAAGAAAUGCGCGACGGCACUCACGACCAAGUUCCGCCCCGAAAUGGUCCACCAGCACUCUGUGCGGGCGGGCUUCAUCGACGUCGCCGGCUGCACCGUGUUUGACAUGCUCCCCAGCACGCUCGUGCCCACGUGCUCGCGCUGCUCGACCGCCAGCCUGGGCCUCGUCUCCGUCCGCGGCGACACCAUCACUAACGUGUGCCGCGACUGCCACGCCAAGUUCACCUUCAAGAUUCCGGAAGUGAAAUUCCUCACCAUCACCCACGACAUGCGGUUACCCCCCACCUCGGGGCCCCGCAAAAACCAAGAAAAACUCGGCCUCCACGCCGGCGAACCGCUCCCCGCCCGCGGCGCCUGCGCGCACUACCGCCGCUCGUACCGCUGGUUCCGGUUCUCGUGCUGCGGGAAAGUGCACGCGUGCGACCGGUGCCACGACGAGGAUGAGGACGGCGGGAGCCAUGCCCAGGAGCGCGCGCACCGCAUGAUCUGCGGCUGGUGCAGCCGCGAGCAGAACUACGCGCCCGAGGCGUGCGCGUUCUGCGGGAGAAGUGUUAUCGGGAAGAGGGGCAGUGGGUUCUGGGAGGGCGGCAAGGGCACGAGGGACAAGGUGAGGAUGAGCAGGAAGGAUAAGAGGAAGUUUCGGCGUGUGGGGGGUGGGGGGGAGGCGAGGAAGAAGGGAUAGGUGGUGGGCGGGAGCUGGGGAAAAGGGGGGUUGUGAGUUGGUGCCGAUGACUUAGCUAUUCAGGCUAUGGUUUAAGGGGGGAACGACUCUAGGAGUCAUCAUGGCAUACUGUACAAUCUAUUCGCCCGCAUUAUGCUUGUCCGAUGGAUAAUACAUAGGUACCUGGGUAUUAUUUACUCUCCCUCUCAGCCUUGGCAGCUGGUCAUAAGAAUUCACACACACAACUACAACAACUAACAACCAACGACCACCAACCAACAAGCCUCAAGCCUCCAUACAGAUGGCCAACGGCUCCGAGCUGUGUGUGGAGUAUAUCUAGGUACUUAUAUCACUGCGUACAUAAACUCAUGUUGGUAUCUGCUCUUGCACAAGGCUAUGUCAUUCAUAUUAAUGCAUCUCGCGUGUCUUUUAGGCGCGUUAGAAUUAGGUAUACGCGCUUGGCACU